GGCACGCCUCUGCUCCCACAUAAAAUGGCCACACAGAACAAUGACACCAAGCUCGCUGUAGCAGAGCUCGGGCCAACCCCCGCGCCGGAGGCCAUGAAACUCUGCACCGUCUGCGUCGCCACGGCGACCCACGACGCCAUGUCGCUGCCGUCACAGCAGGGGCAGUGGCUGCGCGCCGCCGUCCUCGGCGCAAGCGACGGCCUCGUCUCCACCUCAGCGCUCAUGCUCGGCAUCGGCGCGGCACGACCCGCCGACCCACGGGCCGCGCUCCUGUCGGGCGUGGCGGGCCUCGUCGCCGGCGCGUGCAGCAUGGCUAUCGGCGAGUACGUGUCAGUCCACGCGCAGCUGGACGUGGAGCUGGCGGGGCUCAAGCGGCUGGAGGAGGCGCGCGGGUACCCGGCGGACCGGGCCGGGCUGCCCAACCCGUGCCACGCGUCGGCGGCCUCGGCGAUGUCCUUCGCGGCCGGCGCGGCCAUCCCGCUGCUCGCGGCGUGGUUCGUGACAAGCUACGCGGUGCGGGUCGCCCUCGUCGUUGCGACGGCGACUCUGACCUUGGCGGUGUUUGGCGCCCUCGGGGCGGUGCAGGGCCGCGCUCCAGGAGGGCGGGCUGGGCUGAGGGCCGCCCUGGGAGGAUUGGUGGCGAUGGGGGUCACCUACGGUCUCAUGAAAUUGUUCCGGACUCAUUCUGUUUGAUUUGAUACUGUAUGGUUUGAACAAACUUGUUAUGGGUGUGUUUCUACGUUCUAUUCUUCUUCUUUUUUGAUGAGGGGAAAAACAGUAGGUGAAUUGCCUACGUGGGAAAUCCUAGCUUGUGGUGUAUAUACAAUUAAGAUUUGUUCACUAGUAGCAUGCUCGUUGGCAAAA